AUGUGUGACUUAGGUGCAUCAAUUAAUGUUAUGCCUUUGUCAAUUUAUAAAGUACUUAACACAGAUCAUUUGAAGGAAACAUGUGUAAUUAUUCAGUUUGCAGAUAGAUCUGUAGUGCAUCCGGAGGGAGUACUGGAGGAUAUUCUUGUUAAGGUAAACGAGCUAAUAUUUCCUGCAGACUUCUACAUUAUCGACAUGGAGGAUAACAAUUCAGCUAAUUCGUCUGAUAUACUUCUUGGGAGGCCAUUCUUGAGUACCGUACAAAUAAAGAUUGACGUACGAAGCGGGAUACUCACUAUGGAGUUCGAUAGGGAAGUGGUGAAAUUCAAUGUCUAUGAGGCCAUGAACCGCUCUAGCAUGAUUUCUAAUGUUUCUAAUAUUGAUAUAAUCGAUCCUUUAAUUGACUUACAUUUAGAAUACCAUGACGAGGAUGAAUUAUGUACUGUUCUUUGCAGAAGUCUAAACUUUGAUGCCAUGGAGGAACUAGAGGAGUGGAUAACCUUUAAAGAGUCUGUUCGUGAAACAGUGGCUCAUAUGGAGGCACUACAAUUACGAAAAAAUCCAGGCUCCAGAGUUGGAACUCAAACCACUUCCGAACUAUUUGAAGUACGCAUUUCUCGGCAAAGGAAAUACCUUACCGAUUCCAGUGGCACCGGAGGAUCAAGAGAAGACGAUGUUUACAUGUCCAUUUGGCACGUUCACUUACAGACAGAUGCCGUUCGGACUUUGCUAUGCACCAGCCAUGUUUCAAAGGUGAAUGGUUUCUACAAGCAAUUCGUUAAAGACUUUUCAAAAAUUGCACAACUGCUUUGUAAUCUCUUACAGAAGGACAAGGAGUUCGAGUUUGACCAAUCAUCUUAUAAAGAACCCAUAAGUAUGUCUCCUUAUCGACUAAUUUUUGGUAAACUGUGUCAUCUUCCUGUUGAGCUAGAACAUAAAGCGUCUUGGGCGGUCAAGCAAUGCAACAUGGAGUUGGAAGCUGCAGUCGAGGUUAAAAGUGAAGAAUCCGGAAAAAUUUUCAAGGUCAAUGGAUAG